AAGACACCCAGAGAACACUUCUACAUAACAUACAAAAGGGUUAGGAAACAAAGUAACACCGUUGGCAAUGGCGAACAGAGGACACUAUAUCGAGAGGAAUGGCACCAAACGGGCCGCUGGGUUGCCCUCCUUUGGUCCUGAAAGGUCGACUCCCAAGGAUUGCCUGAUCAUCGCACAUCCGGCGGAGGAAAUAGGCAGUCGCAUAGAAGCCAAGUGCAGGAUGAAUCGGCAACAGGCCAUCGGAAAGUCUCAGCCAUUCAUUCCAGAUUGCAACAUCGGCGAUGUUCUCAGCAGCGAAAGUCAAAAGUCACGCUUCGCCACCUUCAAGGAGAAGUUCCUCGAGGACAUGUACUGUAAGUCCGGUAAGAUAGCUCAAAUAAUGUCCACGCAUUCCAAACCGGAGGACGUCACGAAUUGGAGCCGAACCUUCGGACAUGCUAACCCCCCAGCGGACACCCUAUAUAGCACCAUAUUGCCGGAAAAGUCGGCCGAUCAGGUCAAUCGGGAAUACGGCGAGUUUCAUCGAGGCCACAUUGUCAGUAAUAAUCACUACUUUCCCUCGGAGCAGGUCAAUCGUAGAUAUAAAAAACCAUUUGAUCGCUCCGGAACCUUUGGAGUUUUGAUAGGCGCCGAUUACAGCGGUGCGACGAUGAAAAAGUGUUUGGUUCAGGGGGACGAGCACUUAACUGUGGUCUCCAAACCUUGGAUGGACUACGUCAAACGGACAAAGGGUCCCUUGGGAAAGAAAUACAAAAAAUACCUAGAUAAGGUGCCUGAUCUGAACUUUGGUUAUCGCCGUCGGACGGACAAAUGUAGCAUCAAAAUGUUGCUGGAGGACAUUAGGCCUUGUGAACAGGACGACACUCUGGUGAAUGCUCUAUCCUAUUUGAACCGACUGCGCGAGAGUCUGCACAAACGAAAUGACUUCUAUAUGAUGGACCUGAUCGCAUUGCUGGAGAGGAGCGACAAGGAUCACACGGGUCACAUGCCGCUCUCCCAGAUCCUCGAGACCAUGCACAAGCUGCAUAUCCGGGUGGAUGCGGAGAAGAUCCGCACCAUGCUAUCGCACUUCCGGCAGAUCCUCGACGAGGGCUGCCCCACCGAACGGGUGAACUACGAUCUCUUUUGCCGACUGCUCUCCGUUCAGCAACCGCUGCCCAAUGUCGGUUGUAUUGCCACAGUGCCGGAAAAUAUUUACAACAAGGAAACAACAUAUGGCAGUCUAUGUAACGAUCGUUUGAAGAAGGCUCCCGAGGGAAUAGUUGCCAACCAGCCCAACUGGGGUCCACACCAAAGGGACGAUGUUAAUACGCGUGUAAAGGAUAUCGUGGAACCGGAACUGGCCAUAAAAAUGAGGCCCAGCGACAUGACCUGUCCAAGGAACAAGGAGCAAAUGGAGAGGAUAUUCGAGAAAGUAGUCACCAAGCACGCCUUCGAAAACAUUUGGCAGAGUCUAAUGGCAGAGAACAAAAAUCCGGAUCAGGAAGAAAUGGCCUCGGUAGCACAGUUUCGUGAGGAGAUGCUAAAAAUGUCCACUACUUGAGAUAUUAAAAUUUCCUUACAUUACUUUAUCAUAGAAUUGUGAAAUUACUAAGAAAAAACAACGAAAGUA